AUGGUUGAGUCACCGAUGCUUUCGUGUCCGCUCAAGCAGACCAACGAGAUCGAUUGGAUCCAACCUCUCAAGGACUACAUCCGAGAGACCUAUGGCGAGGACCCCGAGCGCUAUGCCCAAGAAUGUACAACACUCAACCGACUCCGCCAGGACAUGAGGGGUGCCGGCAAGGAUAGCGCUACUGGACGCGACCUGUUGUAUCGAUACUACGGACAGCUGGAGCUUUUGGAUCUCCGGUUCCCCGUCGACGAGAAUCACAUCAAGAUCUCGUUCACAUGGUAUGAUGCGUUCACUCACAAGUCAACCGCCCAAUACUCCCUGGCCUUCGAAAAAGCGUCUAUCAUCUUCAACAUCUCCGCCGUUCUUUCCUGCCAUGCCGCCAACCAGAACCGCGCGGAUGACACCGGCGUGAAAACGGCUUACCAUUCCUUCCAAGCCUCCGCGGGCAUGUUUACAUACAUCAAUGAGAAUUUCUUACAUGCGCCUUCCACCGACCUUAACCGCGACACGGUCAAAACAUUGAUCCAUGUUACGCUAGCGCAGGCCCAGGAGGUCUUCCUGGAAAAGCAAAUAACGGAUUCUAAGAAGCCUGGCUUCCUAGCCAAACUGGCAAGCCAGGCGGCCUAUCUCUAUUCUCAGGCGGCGGAGACGAUGUCGGAUUUUGUCAGCAAAAACGUCUUCGACAAGGUAUGGUCAAUAUUAGUGCAAGCUAAAGGGGCCCAUAUGAGCUCUGUUGCAUCUUACUACCAAGCGAUCGCAGAUAGUGAGAGUGGAUCUCAUGGAGUAGCUAUUUCUCGGUUGCAAGUGGCCGACAAGCAAGCUACAACUGCAUUGACCUGGGCUAAAUCAUUUCCCUCUUCAGCUCCAGCGACCUCGAAUCUGCCAGCUGAAGCCGGCGCCAAUUUGAUAGAAAUCAUCAAACACAACCAGGAAAACGUACAUUCACAAAUGGUUACCUUGGUUAAAGACAACGACUUUAUCUACCACCAACCCGUUCCAAAUGAAGCCGGACUUUCCCCUGUUGCCAAGCUUCCCGCGGCAAAGGCAAUUCCGGUCAGUGAACUAUAUCAAGGACAGGAUAUUCAGCGCAUCAUUGGACCGGAUAUUUUCCAAAAGCUGGUUCCUAUGUCUGUCACAGAGACUGCCAGUCUGUACGAUGAAGAGAAAGCUAAACUGAUUCGUGCGGAAACCGAGAAGGUCGAGACUGCAAAUGGCGAAAUGGCCGCCAGUUUGGAUUAUUUAAAACUGCCAGGUAGUCUCAACAUUCUAAAAGGUGGCAUGGAUCAAGAAAUGACCGUGGACGAGGAGUUUCGUCGCUGGUGCUCGGAACUUGCAGGGCACAAACCCUUCAACCGAGCUUUUGAUGAGCUCCAGGAGCGCAAGGCUGAAGUUGUAUCGCAACUGGAUCAAUGCUCGAAGCAGCUUGAUCUGGAAGAGAGUGUGUGUGAGAAGAUGCGCUCUAAGUACGGUGGUGAUUGGAGUCAGCAACCCAGUGGACGCUUGAACACGACUCUCCGAGGAGACGUCCGCACAUAUCGUGAUACUGUUAGUGAAGCCAGUGCCAGUGAUACUCAACUCUCAGCUACUCUGCGGCAGUACGAGGGUGACUUUGACCAGAUGCGUUCUGCGGGAGAAACAGACGAAGCCGAUGUACUCUUUCAACAGGCCCUGAUAAAGGCGGGCUCUAAGCAUAACAAGGGCAAAAAUGGAGCCACCAGCCCCGCUGAAGGAAGCUUGUUGGAUGAUGUCUAUGACGAGGGAGGUUCGUCAGUUGCGGACCAGAUUGCUAAAGUGGAGGAUAUCUUGAAGAAACUCAACCUCGUUAAGCGUGAGCGGUCUCAAGUGCUUAAAGAUCUCAAAGAGAAGAUCCACACCGAUGACAUAUCAAACGUUUUGAUUCUGAACAAGAAGUCUAUUUCCGGCCAAGAGAAUCAACUUUUCGAAGCCGAGCUAGAAAAGUUCCGUCCUCAUCAAAACCGUUUGCUCCAGGCGAACCACAGACAAUCAUCAUUGAUGAAAGAAUUGACCAAGACAUAUGCCGAUCUCUUGCAAGACAAACGAGUUCAAUCCGAGCAAUCUAAGUAUGAGGGUAUCACACGACAAAGAAAUUCGGUGAUUUCUCGAUACAAAAAGGUUUAUGAAGCAUUCAAUGGCCUUUCGUCUGGAAUUGUCCAGGCACGAACAUUCUACAAAGAUAUGGGUGAGAAUGUUGAAAGUCUACGGAAGAACGUUGAGACCUUCAUCAGUAACCGCCGUUCCGAGGGUGCCCAGCUCUUAAGUCAGAUUGAGCGUGACAAGGCUAGCGGAGUCUCGGAGCAAGAGGAUCGGGAGCGAGAAAAACUCCGACAGCUUAUGGAACGUCUGUCGACAGAGCCAAAACCAGCAACUAGCUCCCCAUCAACCGGCUCUACUCCUGCGCCGCCCUCUAAGGUCAAGUCGCCUCCUCCUGCUGUUCAAGCGCCACCAUAUGGAACCGGGCCGGCCCCCCAGAUGUCGCCUCGCUAUCCUCCGAAUAUGCAACCCCCUCACGGCGUGCCAGCAUCACACUCUCCGGCGCCAUAUGGACAAUACAUGGGUAUGAGCGCCACCCCAGGUAUGCAAUAUGCACAUGGCCAACCAUUCCAGCAAGGUGCCGCUGCUCCACUUUCUGAAGGCUAUAACCCCAUGGCAUACCCUUACCAGGCACCAGUCUCCCCACCUCCCAAUCAGCAAUUUUUCUCUCAAACACCUACUCCGUACGGAUAUCCCAGUGCUAGCCCUGCGCCAUCUGCUGGUCAAGCUGGUACUCCAUCGCACUAUAUGGCCCCACAAGGCUACAUCCCUCCUCCGCCUCCUCCACGCCCGCAGCAAACCACAUACCCAACUUCGUCUGGUCCUUUCCCCUCCGGACCUGGUGGGUAUUCCCAAGCCAGGCCAUAUGGACAUCACAAGACCCCCUCGCAGUCUCAGUCUCAGUCCCAGUCGCAGCCACCUGCUUCAGGUGAUCCCUGGUCUGGCCUCAAUGCCUGGAAAUAA